AUGGCGAGCCCUCCGGAGACCGACGGCUUCUCGGACGUGCGCAAGGUGGGCUACCUGCGGAAACCCAAGAGCAUGCACAAGCGCUUCUUCGUGCUGCGGGCGGCCAGCGAGGCUGGGGGCCCGGCGCGCCUGGAGUACUACGAGAACGAGAAGAAGUGGCGGCACAAGUCGAGCGCCCCCAAACGCUCAAUUCCCCUGGAGAGCUGCUUCAACAUCAACAAGCGAGCGGACUCCAAGAACAAGCACCUGGUGGCUCUCUACACCCGGGACGAACACUUUGCUAUAGCGGCGGACAGCGAGGCCGAGCAGGACAGCUGGUACCAGGCCCUGCUGCAGCUGCACAAUCGUGCGAAGGGGCACCACGAUGGGGCUGCGGCGCCCGGGCUGGGCGGCGGCGGGGGCAGCUGCAGCGGCAGCGCCUGCCUCGGUGAGGCUGGGGAGGACUUGAGCUAUGGGGACGUUCCCCCAGGCCCUGCCUUCAAGGAGGUCUGGCAGGUGAUCCUGAAGCCCAAGGGCCUGGGGCAGACAAAGAACCUGAUUGGCAUCUACCGUCUCUGCCUGACCAGCAAGACCAUCAGCUUCGUGAAGCUCAACUCAGAAGCGGCUGCCGUGGUGCUGCAGCUGAUGAAUAUCAGGCGCUGCGGCCACUCCGAGAACUUCUUCUUCAUCGAGGUGGGCCGCUCGGCCGUAACAGGGCCUGGGGAGUUCUGGAUGCAGGUGGAUGACUCGGUGGUGGCACAGAACAUGCACGAGACCAUCCUGGAGGCCAUGCGAGCCAUGAGCGAUGAGUUCCGACCUCGCAGCAAGAGCCAGUCCUCCUCCAACUGCUCCAACCCCAUCAGUGUCCCCCUGCGCAGGCACCACCUUAACAACCCCCCUCCCAGCCAGGUGGGGCUGACUCGCCGCUCGCGCACCGAGAGCAUCACCGCCACCUCCCCUGCCAGCAUGGUGGGCGGGAAGCCCGGCUCCUUCCGGGUUCGCGCCUCCAGUGAUGGCGAAGGCACCAUGUCCCGCCCAGCCUCAGUGGACGGCAGCCCUGUGAGUCCUAGCACCAACAGGACCCAUGCCCACCGGCAUCGCGGCAGCGCCCGGCUGCACCCUCCGCUCAACCACAGCCGCUCCAUCCCCAUGCCUACUUCUCGCUGUUCGCCUUCCGCCACCAGCCCGGUCAGCCUAUCGUCCAGCAGCACCAGUGGCCACGGCUCCACCUCUGACUGCCUCUUUCCACGGCGGUCUAGUGCUUCUGUGUCCGGUUCCCCCAGCGAUGGUGGCUUCAUUUCCUCCGAUGAGUAUGGCUCCAGUCCUUGCGAUUUCCGAAGUUCCUUCCGAAGUGUCACCCCAGAUUCCCUGGGCCACACCCCCGGAGAGGAGGAGCUGAGCAACUAUAUCUGCAUGGGCGGCAAAGGGGCCUCCACCCUGACUGCCCCCAAUGGGCACUACAUCUUGGCUCGGGGUGGCAAUGGCCACCGCUACAUCGCAGGAGCUAGCUUGGGCACGAGCCCAGCGCUGAUUGCAGAUGAAGCAGCCAGUGCUGCAGAUGUGGAUAGUCGCUUCCGAAAGAGGACUCACUCCGCAGGCACGUCCCCCACCAUUUCCCACCAGAAGACCCCAUCCCAGUCCUCCGUGGCGUCCAUCGAGGAGUAUACAGAGAUGAUGCCCGCCUACCCACCAGGAGGGGGCAGUGGAGGCCGACUGCCCGGGUACCGGCACUCUGCCUUCGUGCCCACGCACUCCUACCCGGAGGAGGGUCUGGAAAUGCAUCCCUUGGAGCGGCGUGGGGGCCACCAACGCCCAGACACCUCCACCCUCCAUACCGAUGAUGGCUACAUGCCCAUGUCCCCAGGGGUGGCACCAGUGCCCAGCACCCGAAAGGGCAGUGGGGACUACAUGCCCAUGAGUCCCAAGAGCGUGUCUGCCCCACAGCAGAUCAUCAACCCCAUCAGACGCCAUCCCCAGAGAGUGGACCCCAAUGGCUACAUGAUGAUGUCUCCAAGUGGCAGCUGCUCCCCUGACAUUGGAGGUGGGCCCAGCAGCAGCAGCACCGCCCCUUCUGGGAGCAGUUAUGGAAAGCUGUGGACAAAUGGGGUAACGGGCCACCAUUCUCACCCCUUGCCUCACCCCAAACCACCUGUGGAGAGCAGUGGUGGCAAGCUCUUGCCUUGCACCGGUGACUAUAUGAACAUGUCACCCGUGGGGGACUCCAACACCAGCAGCCCCUCCGACUGCUACUACGGCCCCCAGGACCCUCAGCACAAGCCGGUCCUCUCCUAUUACUCAUUGCCAAGGUCCUUUAAGCACACCCAGCGCCCAGGGGAGCCAGAGGAGAGUGGCCGGCACCAGCACCUCCGGCUUUCCUCCAGCUCUGGCCGUCUUCUCUAUGCUGCAGCCGCAGAAGAUUCUUCCUCCUCCACCAGCAGUGACAGCCUGGGAGGGGGAUACUGUGGGUCUCGGCCGGAGCCUGGCCACCCGCAUCUCCACCAUCAGGUCUUGCAACCCCAUCUGCCUCGAAAGGUGGACACAGCCGCCCAGACCAACAGCCGCCUGGCUCGGCCUACCAGGCUGUCACUGGGAGAUCCCAAGGCCAGCACCUUACCUCGGGCCCGCGAGCAGCCACAGCAGCCCCUGCUGCACCCUCCGGAGCCCAAGAGCCCAGGGGAAUAUGUGAAUAUUGAAUUUGGGAGUGACCAGCCUGUCUACUUAUCUGGCCCUGUGGCUUCGCACAGCUCACCUUCUGUCAGGUGUCCAGCCCAGCUCCAGCCAGCCCCCAGAGAGGAAGAAACUGGUGCUGAAGAGUAUAUGAACAUGGACCUGGGGGCAGGCCGGAGGGUGGCCUGGCAGGAGAGCCCUGGGGUGGAGAUGGGCAGAGUGGGCCCUGCACCUCCCGGGGCUGUGAGUGUGUGCAGGCCCACCAGGGCUGUGCCCAGCAGCCGGGCUGACUACAUGACCAUGCAGAUGGGCUGUUCCCGGCAGAGCUAUGUGGACACCUCCCCGGUCGCCCCUGUCAGCUAUGCCGACAUGCGGACCGGUAUUGCUGCAGAGGAUGUGAGCCUUCCUGGGGCCACAGCGGCUGCUCCUUCCUCAUCCCCAGCAGCCUCUGCCUCGUCUACUGCACCUCAAGGAGCAGCUGAGCUGGCUGCCCGCCCUUCCUUGCUGGGGGGCCCACAGGGACCUGGGGGCAUGAGCGCCUUCACCCGGGUGAGCCUCAGCCCCAAUCGCAACCAGAGUGCCAAAGUUAUCCGUGCGGACCCGCAAGGGUGCCGGAGGAGGCAUAGCUCCGAGACCUUCUCCUCAACACCCAGUGCCACCCGGGCAGGCAAUGCCGUGCCCUUUGGAGGGGGGGCUGGGGCAGGGGGCAGCAGCGGUGCCAGCAGCAGUGAGGAUGUGAAACGCCACAGUUCUGCUUCCUUUGAGAACGUGUGGCUGAGGCCUGGGGAGCUCGGGGGAGCCCCCAAGGAGCCAGCCCAGGUGUGUGGGGCUGCUGGGGGCUUCGAGAAUGGUCUUAACUACAUAGACCUGGAUUUGGUCAAGGACUUUAAACAGCGCCCUCAGGAGCAUCCCCCUCAACCGCAGCCCCCUCCACCACCACCCCCUCAUCAGCCCCUUGGUAGCAGUGAUAGCAGCUCGCCCAGCCGCUCCAGCGAGGAUUUAAGCGCCUAUGCCAGCAUCAGUUUCCAGAAGCAUCCAGAGGACCUCCAGUAGCUCAACUGGACAGCACAGCAGGUGCGUUUCCUGAAUGAAGACCUACCUGACCUCAGCAAAUCCUCUUUAACUCAUGGGUACCCAGACUCUUAAGUAUUUCAUGAUUCACAACUAGGACCUCACAUCUUCCUCCUCAGUAGAUGGUACGAUGCCUCCAUUUCAGUUUGUUUACUUUAUACAAUCCUCAGGAGUUCGUUGACUGAACUGCACGUUCUACAGUGUGCCAAGCAAAAAAAGCACUGUGACACCAGAACAAUGCGUCAGCAUAAACUUCGUCUUUAAUCCUAAGGACUGAGCUGGCCACAAGGAGCUGAUGGGCCCACCGCCACGCCAGGAGAGAACGGGUCUCCUCUCGGUGCAUUUACAAGAUGACAUUUCAUCUGCUGCUGAAACUGUGUACGGCAACGCAUCCUUGUAGAUUAUUUCAUACGGAACAGUUCGUGUUGGGUGGAGAGAGUAUUAAAUAUUUAACAUAGGUUUUGAUUUAUAUGUGUAAUUUUUUAAUUAAAAUGUAACUUCUUUUCCUGCAGCACAUCUUUUUUUUGGAUGUGGAACUGAGGUAUACGAUGUUCCCUUGUAAAGAGUGGAGCAAGUGCUUAAAACAAGGCUAAACGAGAGUAGACUAGGGUACUAUCCUUGUUUUAAGAUGAUCGUUGAGAAAAAUAAUAUAAUAAGAAUCAUAGUGCCAUAGAUGGGUCUCAAUUGUAUAGAGUUAUAUUUACUGAUGUUAUCUCUUGUAAUAUAACCCUGAUGUUGAGCUGAGUUCCUUACAAGACUUUAAUUUUGUAUUUUUCCUGUAAGACAAUAGGCCAUGCUAAUUAAACUGAAGAAGGAGCUAUUCGACUGGGUGUUUUCAAGUGUCGGCUUAAAAUUGGCAAUGGAAUGGAAGCAAAAUUACAAGAAAAGGAAAUCAACGUCUUCCGUUGUACAUAUUGUAAAAAAGAAGGAGACACGGGCGAUCCCUUCAAAUUAAAAGCUCUCUUUGGGGUGAACAAUGUGGGUGUUUGUAAAUUCUGGAAAUUUCUUUCUAUUCAUAAUAAACUAGAUACUGUUGAUCUUUUCUUCUCACCCCCUUCUGUAAACUUUCUUCUCCAUUCCACCAUUUUUUUUUUUUUCUGCGUGUGUGUGUAUAUGUGUGUGCACGUUCUGAUAUUUCGUUUCCUGCAUUGUCUUGAGAAAGAUGGGCAGACAAAUGAGUGCUUCCUCACCAGAAAUUCAGAUUCCAGAAAGUGUUUUUACCAUGGCCAGGGCUCUAAGUCACUUUCCUUAAGACCCUUUUCUCAUGUUUUCUGAGCACUUCCAAUGUUACAUCAUUGGCCCAUUUGCCCUAGUGGAUACUGGCCAAUAGUGAUUAGUUAAUAAAACACAAUGUACAGGGAGCACCUCAAAGCAUAAUGACCUGCUGUUGAAACAUCUAACCAGCAAUGAAAAUGUUAAUCCUUUUCUUGUUUGGAGAGUACACACAUCUUGGAAUUUUUCCUUAUGGAAAAAAGGAAGUGGCAACAAACCUACUUAAAAAUAUUGCCUACAGAAUUGUUCAUCUUUUUACCAGUAAACUUCUUCAUGGCUAAAUGAAUUAAUGGAAGUAUCAACCUCCCUCUGAGUCAGUGGGGACUAUAUCAGGAGUUCUCAGCCCCACUGGGGGGAGGAUUAACAUUUUAUUUCUCCGAAGGGUUGAGCUCCCUGGGUGGUGGUGGGUCAUCAGGGAAGGGGCCAGGGCUGGAGAGCGUUGCAGGAGCUACCGCCCCUGAUCAACUGGGGACCUCUGCUCUACUCUAAAGUGAGUGGAGAUAAGUGGAAUCCCUCCUACUGCUGAGGUCUGUGUUACUGUUAAUUCAAGUGGAUGGCAUGUACCUCACAGACUGUUGUACAAUGCUCAGUGUUGCAGACUUUAGCCACUUGCAUGCUCAUAAUUUCUAAGAUAAAUAGGUGUGUAGUCAUGAGUCCAUUGUUUUUAAAGAACUUACUGAAUGACAGCAUUUCCUAUUAGUCAAGAACAUUACCAAUUUUGAUAAUCUGAGAUAAAAAAUUUUUUUUCUAUUUUUUUGUUUAAAAAAACAAGACUUAGCCAAACUAGCUUUCAUUUUUCAAGUCUUCUGACUCAUAGCCUUGCUAGUGGAGGAAGAAAGGAAGCUGCCCUAUUCUCUUCCAUUGAGGACUCAAGUAGUUACAGAGAAAUCAAUGAACAAAAUUGGCCCCAACACUUUCACUGUAAAACUGGUUGUUUUUCAAGAAAUCCAGCCUUUGAAUAUAUAUCAUCAAGAUACCUCUGCACAUGGAAUUAUCAACAUAUUUUGGAUGAUAACAGAAGUGAACACACUGGAAGGUACAUCUCUUGGUUUCUAUCUCCCUGACUUUUGAUUGAGCAGAACAGCAUAAAGGUAGAACUUUCUUAUUUAAGCUGCUCCCAGUGGUCCCUGAGCUGGGUUUGAUGAAAGUAUUAAACUUUAUUGUUUGAACACUGAAGAUUGUUGGUAGAACAAGGUAGAAACUCAUGCUCUGGCUAUACAAAGGCUUUACUUUGAGCAACAUCAGCUGUUGAGUUCUUGUGUUCAGUUGCUAUUAAGUAGAGUUGGCUUUUAUCCAUUUCAAAGUAUUUGUAGUCCAGCCAAGGACUUACAUUAAUGGGAUCCUAGUGGUUUCUGGUUAAACUAGAAGUUAGUGGCUUUUUCUUCAUGAGGCCAAUCCUUCACAGCAUUCUUUCUUAGAGACUUAGGGAGAGUCUUAAAAUUCUCCUUUGCAAAAAGAAUAUAUAAUGGCUCAUGACUUUGAUGUUAUCUUCAUUCUGGGCAAAAAGAAUGAACCUAGAACCAGCUAGAAGUGAGGAGAAUCCAUUAAUGGUCAACCACCUGAGUCAACAAUGACAAAUCAGUACUGAUGUUACAUUUGUGGCUAUUUUUUACUGACUUUCAAAGGUCAGGGUCUCUCUUGACUAAUCUGGGUUGCUUGCGAAAAUGGAUUUACUAAAAAUCACGUAGCCAGAAGUAAAGAUUUUUUAACCUUUCUUUCCCUGCUUUUGUCUCCUAGCUGUCUUUUAAAUUUGAGACAUAUAAGUACUAAGAAUUAUUUUUAGGCCUUAUACUGAAAAAAAAAAUACUGAAGCCCUGUUUUAUUCUAUAUUAAAAUCUGAAUGCAACAUGCAUUCAUAGUUGGAAAUUUUAUUUACUACAGGUGCUUCAAAAAUGAGGGAGAGGUACUCAUCAUCCACUGACUAUAAGAGCUAUGAAAAUAUUGAUGUGAAAUGUUCCAACUGCUGGUGGCAGUGGUCCCGUACUCAGUCUCAGGGUGACUUGGUAGAGCUCUAUAGGUCAGCCCAUCACAUAGGGAGGCACUAAAACCAGGGAUAAUGGGAAUUAAGACCUUGACUGGGGAGACACGGGACUCUUUAGAAGGCAUGCAAAGAAUGAAUGGAAGCCAAAUACGAAAUGAGUUCUUUGCAGGGACUACACAGAAGGUUAGUGUUCCAAGGAUACCGUGAACAUUUGCUGGAGGUAAUGCCAUGUUCUUAUAGACUGCUGAGAAACUUGAGAGGCAGAAGCAUGCACUUUUAGGGGUGUGAGAAACUAUAACCUUACCAAUACUAAGAGGACCCCACUCUGUGAACUUAGUCAUGGAGAGCCAAAGUGGCCUUCUUGUAGUCAGCAAAACAUCAAGGGUGAAACAUGGGUACCUUUAGGCAUUUCCACAGCCAAGCCAGAUAAGAUCUUGGAGGUACUUCAGUAGCUCUGUAAAUUGGUUUCCUGAGUGUGGAGAUAGAACGUAUGGGUCAGGUGGUAUGUUGGAUGCUGUACUUCUUGUAACCAGAGCACCAAGUUAAGUGCUAGGAGAAGGUAGAAUGAUAUAGAAGGUGUUUGACCCUACUUGAAAGAAUUUACCAUUAAUAAAGGGCCUAUAAUUAGCUAAUCUGAUUAGAAAAUGUAUGACUUAUAUGAGAGAGUACUCUUCCUUUCCUAGUUUUUUGAUGACUUGGCACACACCAAGAGAUCUGAUGUUUUAGUUUCCUGCCAUUCACCUGCCAUUUCAACCUCUCUCUUGGACCUGCUGUUCAUUUCCCCAGUGUUAACCAGUAUGCCAUAUGAUAGGUCAAAUUCAGUAAACAGGAAACUUGUCUGUAUUUGCAUAGGCAUCUUUAGUGCUGUGGUUUUCUUUUUAGAACUUCACCAUUGGCUUAAGAAUGAAUGUAGUUCCUGGAACAAUUUUUCUUAUGAAGCUCUUUCCUUUUCACCUCUUGGCUACAGGGUGGGCCAAAUUAAAUACCUAUAUAUUUUCUUUUAAUGUAUGUGCAGUUUGGUUUAUCAUCUUAAGAUGGUGGUGCUGCUCAUGGUGCUACUUCAUCUGUGUAUGAAAAGACCAAUGCAUGGUCUGUAUUGCUACCAAAACAUUUAUUGUAUAUUUGUGUAUAAUAUAUGUAUUAUGUAUAUAUGUAACAGGUACAAGGCCAGUUACAUAUUUUUAUUUAGGAGUGUUUCACUUUUCCAAGUUUCUUUAUAGUGUUAUGCUUAUUUAAAGAAGAUUUUUUUUUUUUUUCUGAUUCUGUCUGGUACUUAGAACUGUAGUGUCUUCAUCGUUAAUUAAAGACAACUGUCGAAAUGA